AUGACGCCGCAAGAUAUUGCAGACUUGCUGCAGCGCGAAGGUCGCGGGGAGUCGACCGGGGAGUAUGACGCGACUCUAGAGGAAGAACAUGUGGUGCAGCGCCGCACUGAAUUGUUGGCUGAGGUGCUCAAGACGUGCAAAGAGCUGCGAGCCUCGGACCAGAUUCAGCUUGAAGUCGCGGCGGAGAAGCUGGGCGAUGGUAGCCGGGAUGAGGCUUGGCGCUUGCCAUACGGUGACUCGGGUAUCUUGUCUUUUUUUCUUGAAGAGCUUGCCAAGGACGACAUCAGCAACAAACUGAAAAUUCACUCUUUGCGAAUUGUGGGAAAUUCAUGCGCGGACAUAAACAAGAACCGGGCUCUCAUGGUUGAAAAUGGGCGGCUGGAGGCGGUUAUCCGCCAGCUCAGGGACGAAAGUGUCGUCCAAUUCACCAUUCCUGUGCUUUACAAUGUCAUGGUCGACUAUGAGCCGGCCCAGACCCUGGCCUCGGAGCUCAAGAUCAGCCAAGCCAUGGUCAAGCUUCUCACGUCGCCCAACCUGUCCCAGUUCCUCGGCGUGAUCCUGUACUUUUGCCGGAUCCUCGCGCUCCUCGUUCACAAAGACGCCGAGCUCGCCGUCGCGGCCGACGACACUGUCUCCGCACUUCUCUCCGUCGCCAUCCACACCCCGUGCAAAGACGACGUCGAGGAGUUUGCCUCGCUCGGCUCCGUCGCCAUCGCCUACCUCGCCGCCGCACGGUUCCAGCAGCUCGCCAUCACCCGCGACCAGGUCGGCCUCUUCCUGGACGCCUUCCACCACGCCCACACUGGCUUCGACACGGCCCGCAUCGACGACCCUGACCUGGCCACGGCCCUGACACAGCUUCGCACCUCCAUGCUCAACAUGAUCGCCGAGCUCACCGCCCAGGACGCCUUCCCGGCAGCGUACCCGGUGACGUCGGCGCCUGCUCGGACGGCGCUCACGUGGCUCAGCAGCGGGGACGCGGCGCUGCGGGCGGCCGCGUGCUUCACACUCGGCAAUCUGUCGCGGUCCGACGCCGCGGCGACCGCCCUAGUCGAGCACCAUGCACCGCAGACGGCGCUCGCUGUCCUCCUCGCGGACCCGGCCGUCAAGGACGCGCAGCUGCUGCAUGCGGCCCUCUCGCUGCUCAAGAACCUCGCCAUCCCCGCGCACAACAAGCCUGCGCUGCGCCCGCUGCUAGAUCCCGUGUGUGUGCCGCACAUCUACGCCCUGGACGCGCUCCCGCAGGUGCAAUACGCAGCCGUCUCUCUGACGCGGCUCCUGCUGUCCAACUGCCCCGACAAUGUUUCGCAGUUUUGCAGCGAGCACAUCCAAGAGGGCGCUGCGGCAGAAACCGACCCGGGUGCGGCGGAAAAGAGCGACAGCGUGGGAGACUUGAUCGCUCUCUUUCGCCGCACCGACACCGAGCCCACCAAGGUCGAGGCCGCGCGGGCCAUUGCUGCCAUCUGCCGCGUCCUGCACUCCAACGCCGCCGCCCAGCUGCUCCCCCGCAACGGGGCGUCCGACAGUGAGAGCCGGGCCGAGUUCUACACCCGCCACGACGUGGGCACGCCGCUGGCCUUUCUCGUCACGCAGGACAAGUGGCAUGCCCUGCGCUCCGAGGCGUGGUUCGUGCUGGCGCUCAUGUCGCGCUCCCCGGACGGAUCCCGCGUCAUUGCGGCGAUUGUGCAGCAAGAGGCCGUCUCGGCGCGACUGAGCGAGACCAUUACCGGCCGCAAGGCGGACACGCGCGUCACAGAGGUGGUGGACGAGGACAAGGAGGAGGUGGAGAGCACGACUGCGCUGUCGGCGGCAGAGGGACUGGCCUUGCAGCCGCAGCAGGCGGAUCCCAAACAAAAGGAGCACAUCGCGGCCGUAGAGCGCGAAAAUGCCCUCGUUAUGUGUACCGAGUUGCUGAGGAACUGGACCGAGGAUUUCCAGCCAUUGAGCCGUGGGUUCUUGGAGGGUCUGCUGAAGGACGGCACCGAGCUGGUCGUGGCCCAUAGAAGCAAAGAAUUGAGUACAGCAUGA